AUGUUCAGAGCAUUUAAAUAUAGUGUUGGGCUCGCUAGAACCACCUCAAAAUCAAGCUUAUCCCGAGCUUUCCACACAACACGCCCUGUCACUCAAGUUAUAGCUUCAACCCCUUUGAGAGCGAAAGAAUCACCUCCACAGGUUUCCAGUAAAUAUGCCAUCAUUGAUCACACAUACGAUGCAAUUGUUGUUGGAGCUGGCGGAGCCGGUCUUCGUGCUGCAUUUGGUCUCGCAGAAGCAGGUUUUAAUAUUGCCUGCAUAACUAAAUUAUUUCCGACAAGAUCCCACACGGUUGCCGCUCAGGGUGGCAUUAAUGCUGCCCUUGGUAAUUUGACCGAAGACGACUGGCGCUGGCACAUGUAUGACACCGUCAAAGGUAGCGAUUGGCUUGGGGAUCAAGAUGCUAUUCAUUACAUGUGUCGUGAGGCUCCUCGUACAGUAAUCGAACUUGAGCAUUAUGGUGUACCGUUCUCACGAACGGACGAAGGGAAAAUUUAUCAAAGAGCAUUUGGAGGACAAAGUUUAGACUUUGGAAGAGGUGGACAAGCCUACCGCUGUGCAGCCGUAGCAGAUCGCACAGGUCACGCUCUUCUUCACACACUGUAUGGUCAAUCCCUAAGACAUAAUACGAAUUUCUUCAUCGAAUACUUUGCUCUUGAUCUUCUUAUGGAGGAUGGUGUGUGUCGCGGCGUUAUAGCUCUAAAUCAAGAGGAUGGCACACUACAUCGCUUCCGCGCACAUAAGACUGUCCUUGCAACGGGUGGCUAUGGUCGUACCUAUUUCUCUUGCACCUCUGCCCACACUUGCACAGGCGAUGGUAACGCUAUGGUUGCUCGUGCCAACUUGCCACUUCAGGAUAUGGAAUUUGUUCAGUUCCAUCCCACUGGUAUCUAUGGUGCUGGAUGCCUUAUUACUGAGGGCGCUAGAGGAGAAGGAGGUUAUUUGUUGAAUUCUAAGGGAGAGAGGUUUAUGGAAAGAUAUGCACCAACGGCAAAGGAUUUGGCAUCAAGAGACGUGGUGUCGAGAUCAAUGACUAUGGAGAUUCGCGAAGGGCGUGGUGUUGGUCCCGAGGCUGAUCACAUUUUGUUACAACUAUCACACUUGUCGCCAAGCGACUUGCACGAGAAAUUGCCGGGGAUUUCAGAGACUGCCGCUAUUUUUUCUGGUGUCGAUGUGACAAAGCAGGCCAUUCCUGUAUUGCCGACCGUGCAUUAUAAUAUGGGUGGCAUACCAACAAAAUAUACUGGAGAAGUGCUUAGUGUUGAUGAGAAUGGCAAUGACAAAGUAGUCCCCGGUCUAUAUGCAGCCGGUGAGGCGGCUUGUGUGUCAGUGCAUGGUGCUAACCGUCUUGGUGCCAAUUCAUUGCUAGACAUUGUUGUAUUUGGCCGUGCUUGUGCACACCAUAUACACGAUACCCUUAAACCUGGAACUCCCCACAAACCGCUUGAAGCUAGCACUGGAACCGAAACUAUAGCAAAACUCGAUAAGCUUCGGAACGCCAAUGGACCAUUGUCCACCGCUCAAAUACGCCUCAAUAUGCAAAAGGUUAUGCAGAAUCAUGCUGCUGUCUUUAGAACUCAGGAAAGUCUUGAUGAAGGUGUAAAAAAGAUUGAUGACGUCUAUAACUCAUUUGCCGAUGUCAAAGUCAGCGAUCGAUCAAUGACCUGGAACUCGGAUCUCAUAGAAACUUGGGAACUGAAAAACCUUUUGACCAAUGCUGCGCAAACCAUGCACAGUGCAGCCGCCCGCAAGGAAUCCCGUGGUGCUCACGCAAGAGAGGACUAUAAGGAACGAGAUGAUAAAGAAUGGCUUAAGCAUUCACUUUCAUGGCAAAAGCCUGAAAGCGGUGAAGUUAAGCUGGGAUAUCGGGCAGUGACUAUGUCUACUUUAGAUUCUAACGAAUGCGAAAGCAUUCCACCAAAAGCUCGUGUAUACUAA